AUGGCGGAACUUGCAACUAUAACAACCUUUUACAAGAAAACGGCCACUCGUCCGUUUGCGUGGAAGCUGUUCUUAAUAGCAAUAAUACUGUUAUUCCUAAUAUUAUUACGCUAUUUAACACAUCCAGACCGCAACACGUUUACAUCUACAGAGCAAUCUAAAGAAACGUCCAUAGAGCCACUCAAAGAACCAACUUCGACGGAACCACCUAAAGAAACAUCGACAGAAACACUCAACGAACCAAUAAAAGCACCAUCCGAAGAACCACCCGAAGAACCACCCGAAGAACCACCCGAAAAACCAUUUAAACAUGUUUCUCCUUUUUCCUCUGAAUAUACUCCUUCGACAUGUUCUAGUCUACCCAGAAAAGACCACACCAGACCUACAUCUUUCCGAGCGCUUGGCCCACCAAAGAGAGAACUUACUAUAUUUAGUUGGCGUUAUGUAACGUACGGGACUCGAGAUGCGAAUAAUUGGUGGUCCAAUGCGUCAACAGAGUUAUGCCCAUAUCCGCCAGAACUAGUCCCAUUCUUUAGAAGAGUAUAUGACAAAUUCGCAAUUCUCCAUUCUCCUGGAAUUAGUGAGUGGCCAAUUGGCUAUGCUCCGUGUAAACUUUGGUACUAUUUUCAUGGAGACGAACGAGGCGAAUGCAAGAACGGACAACGCUACCAUAUCCACACCAAUUAUACUCUCUGGCGUGAAGCGGACAUCAUGUUUGUAGAUUAUAUGUACUUCCUCUACGAAGAGAAAGCGCCAUUCGUUGAUACCACCCAGUUGCCGCCUAGGCAUUCAGGCCAUACAUGGUGGUUUCAUUUAAAAGUGGAGGGAUUGGGGUAUUACUGGUUUACUGGACUGAAAAGUUUCAGAGAUAUGUUUGAUUUGACAAUGGGUGCGCCCGAAAAUAUAUUCGACAUAUACCAUCCAUCAUAUCCCAUAAAGAAAGAGAAUACUGCCAUAUUCUAUAAUACGAAUGUAAAAUACGAAAAUAAGCGCAAUGACGUGCUGUUUGCGUGGAUGGCUGGUAAUUGUAAUCCAAUUAAUGAACGUCAAGACUAUGUCCAGAAGUUAAUGACCUAUGCAGAAGUACAUUCGUAUGGCUACUGUUUGCAUAAUAAAAAUAUUCCCGCUGAAAUACUGAAAAAGUAUGGAUUAAAAGAGGACUCUUAUGGGAGUGGAGGCAAAAAUAUUUAUGAUAUUAAGAAAGACACGUUCUCUCCAUAUAAGUUCAUUCUUGCCUUUGAAAAUUCCAAUUGCGAAGGAUAUGUGACUGAGAAGGUGUACGAUGCGCUCCUGGUUGAUGCCAUUCCUAUCUACAUGGGAGCACCAGAUAUCGAUGAUUACGUUCCACCUGGGAGUGUGAUCAAAGUAUCUGAUUAUGAGAGUAUAAGCGCAUUAGUAGAACAUACUAAAACGAUAGCUGCAAAUAAGACGCUGUACGAAAGUUACUUUGCUUGGAAAAAAGAUAAAACACAUAAGAACUUUUGUAAAAAGUGUCAUUCUGAUGAUGAAUCAAUUAUAUGCAAAUUUCUAGAUAGAGUCGAAUGGGUAUAA